CUGCACCACAAUAACCAUUUGUCACGGAAACGCAUGCGCACGCGCUCGUGUUAACCGUUAAAAAAUCGAUAAAUAAUCGAUUAUUUUUUAUGUUUAAAAAUCUAGACAAUCGAUUGAUUGUAGGUGUCUUUUAUAUUGUGAAGUGAAUUGUUUUCGUGCAAUGGUUGAUUAGUUUGUGUGAGUUACGUGGUUGUGUAGUUUACAGUACCAGGAUUGCAGAUUUGAAAGGAGAUUACAAGCCCUAUAAUGAAGACUGAUAUCAAGAUGUGGUCGUUUGAGGAGAUCGCCUUCCAGGCAGAGAUGAACCGGCACGAAGAUCCUGACUCCGAGGAGGACGCUUUCGUGCUGUGUGGAGAGGACCCUACCACCAGGAAUAAGAAGAUUGUGGAAUUCAGGAAUUUGAUUAAAGAAAGAAACGAGUGUCACCCACACAGAACUGAUGACGCGUAUUUGCUGCGAUUUCUAAGAGCCAGACAGUCGAUACCAGCGCGGGCUCAUCGUUUGUUAGUACGUUACUGCAAUUUCCGAGAAGCGAAUCCGCACUUAUGGCGAGACGUGGACUGGUUCGGCUUGACACGGCUCGGGAGCGUCUUCGAAGGAGUACUCUACGACAGACCUGAUGUGGGAAGAAUCAUUAUUUGCAGAUUAGGGUUAUGGGACCCAGACAAGCUUCCAGUGGAGGACCUGAUCCGAGGAUGUCUUCUGCUACUGGAGAUCGGCAUCAUGCAGCCAAAGCUGCAGAUAGUGGGCGGCACCGGCCUGCUGGACUGCGAGGGUCUCACUAUGAAGCACAUGAGACAGUUCUCGCCGUCAAUAGCCUUACAAGCCAUGAAUGUUAUGGGGUACUCCUUCCCACUUCAUCAACGCGGGAUUCACAUCAUUAACUGCUCGAGGUUCUUCGAAACACUGUUCCCGCUGUUCAAGAGGCUCGCCCCAGCAGAUGAUCUCUGGAAGAAGGUCUACAUGCACGGUUAUGACAUCACUUCCUUACACAGGUACGUAGAUCCAGAAUGUCUCCCAAAACGGUACGGUGGGUAUCGUGAUCCAGUAUCUUUAGAAAGGUGGCUCACGAAGAUCAAGGAGUACAAAAAUAAGAGCUUCGACAAUGACAUGAGAAAUCUAGGCUAUGGAGUUGAUUAGGAUAAGUCUGUAUUUCCAAAACCUGAUGACAACAUUGCAAUGGGCACUAUCGUUAUAGUACUUAUGUACAAGCAUAAAGUGACCUGGUGGUAGAAUCAGGUCCAGGUGGAGUGUCAACCAAUGUCGAAGAGUGAAAUUUUUCGAAAUAGAACCCGAAGCAACAUAUUUAUGUCUAUGCAUGGCCGCCACCAACAUUAGUUUUAGGAGGAGCAUCUGCACCUACACAUAGUACUAUCUAUAUAUAUAAAAAUCAAUUGCUGUUCGUUAGUCUCGCUAAAACUCGAGAACGGCUGAACGGAUUUAUCUUAUCUUGGUCUUGAAUUAUUCGUGGAGGUCUAGGGAAGAUUUAAAAGGUGAGAAAAAUUCGAAUAAUUGCCGGGAAAAUCCUCAAAACAGCAUUUUUCUAUUUCCCAUACAAACGUUUUCUAACUAAUACGUAGAGUCAA